CCUAACUUGACUUGGAUCUCUACUAUCCGUAUUACAUACUCACUCAAUCGCCUCUCGGAGAUAUGACCGUCCGCCAAGCUUAGCCAAGCGCUAAGGAAAUUCACUACACUUGCUCCCAAUCGACUAACAUUCUCCAACGUCCCUGUUACACCACCUGAGAAAAGUCAUCUCGACCUGCCCUGACUAACUGAGAGCCCAGCCCCAACAGGCAUCUCAACUCUGGAGCCUGGACCCCUUGACCAAGCCGUCAGGUCGCUUCUGCCGCUGUCUCAUGUUUUCGUUUCUCGGUCUCAGAAGUCCCAGGCAGUCAGUACUGUCACUGUGCUCCACGAUGUUCUGUCUUGGUGUUUCUCAUCAAGUUUGAUCGCUGCCCCUUUGCCUCUCAAGCGAGAGAUGGAUCUUGGGUACUGUUGCUCGCUCCAGCCGUUAUCCAUGGAGUUGUGACCCUGAACCGGGCCCCUUCAACCGCCCAGAUGCCAUCCGGUCUGAUGUGCAAGCCCGAGACGUUGAAUUGUCUGGGAUUGUCAUAAUGAAAGCCAGCCUCUUUUCUCGGCAACUUCGUUUCCGAUCAUCAUCUCCAGUUUUCCCUGAUGCUUUAAACCCUCGUCCCUUCGUCCCAAAAUCGUACCAUUUUCUCUUCUCCUCAGCUCUGGUAGUGUCUCUUUCUUUCAUUCGUUCCUUUGAGACCAAGUUGACUUUACUGUGACCAUUCUUUUUUUCUUUAUUUCGAAUUGGUCUGGCACCGUUCGAAAACUUUUACACAACAUUGUAUUUGCCCUCGGCUUCAUUUUCUUUUUCACUUUCUCUCGGCAAGAUCAACAUAAAGUCACCACAAUGCAGGUCAAAGGCGUAAUCAUUGCUCUUCUGGGCAUCUCUGCCAUUACUGAAGCUGCUGUUGUCCAAAAACGACACCCCCUGGCCCGCGCUCUCCAACGACGACAAUUCGGCGGCGGUCGGUUUGGAGGUGGUGGCCGUGGAGGAGGAGGCGGUGGCGGCAACAACGGUGGUCAGGGCGGCAACAAUGGUGGUCAGAACAACGGCCAAGCCAAUAACGGCGGUAACAACGGCGGCAAUAAUAAUGGAGGUAACAACGGAGGAGGCGGCGGCGGCAACACUCUGGACGCCAACGCCGUGCAAACUGGCUCGCAGCAAGAUGGCAACAACCCUGGAUCGGAUGAGCAAGCUGCCUCUGCAACGGAUAACAACAACUUCAUCAACUUCUGUGCUGGCCAGACACUCACCAAUGGAGAGCAAAACCGGGACGGCUCAUGUAACGGUAUUCCUAUGGGAAAGAUUCCCGGAGCCAACAACAUGGUUUCUUCAGUCUUCACAUCACCUCAAAACGGUGACAACAUUGAAGCCAAUCAAGACUUUGAUAUCUCAGUGCAGUUUAUCAACUUUGCAGCUGGCUCGUUCACUAAUGCAACAACCACCUACUAUUCUGCUCCCCAGGACCUCGACGGUGGUGGUAACAUCAUCGGUCAUACCCACGUCACUGUCCAAGACACUGGCGAUAGUCUGAACCCUACUCAGCCUUUGGACCCUCAGCAGUUUGCCUUCUUCAAGGGUAUCAACGACGCUGGUAACGGCCAAGGUCUCCUGACUGCCAAGGUUGACGGCGGCCUACCUGCCGGUAACUACCGUAUCUGCAGUAUGUCUGCCGCAUCCAACCAUCAGCCUGUCCUCAUGCCUGUUGCUCAGAGAGGAGCACAGGAUGACUGCAUCCGUGUCACCGUUGGUGGUGGCAACGGUGGUAACAACGGCGGUAAUAACGGAGGCAACAACGGAGGUCAGGGCGGCAACAACGGAGGCAACAACGGAGGUCAGGGAGGUCAGGGCGGUCAGGGCGGUAACAAUGGAGGUAACAAUGGAGGUCAAGGUGGUGGCCAGAACGGCGGCAACCAAGGUGGCCAAGGUGGUGGUCAAAAUGGAGGUCAGAAUGGUGGAGACCAAGCAGCUGAUGCCGGUGGUGACCAGAACGCUGGCGGCCAAGGUGGUGAUCAGAACGGAGGCCAAGGUGGUGACCAAAACGGAGGAGACCAAGCAGCUGAUGCCGGUGGUGACCAGAAUGCUGGUGGCCAGGGCGGCGAUCAAAACGGAGGUCAGGGAGGUCAAGGUGGUCAGGGCGGCCAAGGCGGUAAUGGAGGUAACCGAGGUGGCUUCGGUGGUGGUGGUUUCGGCCGCGGUGGCUUCGGUGGUUUCCAAGCGGCUUCAGCAGGGGAUGAGUCUGGCAACAAGACGGCCUCAGCAGCAUGAAGACUAUGAAUGGUUAUCAAAGAGGGAUAGACAGAGCCAUUCGACUUGGCCGUGGCCCUGGCGGUUUUCGGUGUGAGUAUCAGUGGUGGUCCCUAAUUCGAGAAUACUAUUUCGCUCGAACAAGGACAGUAAUCAGGGUGGAGUUUGGGUGUCUGCCUAGUUAGAAUGGUUUUGGGUUUACAUACAUCUAUGGACAAUAGAUGAUGGAUGGAUAUGAGCUGGAGGUGAAUGUACGUCAAGAUAUGUUGUUUAUUAGUUGAAUAAGAUUUGGUCACUUA